UCACAAUCAUUGUACUGUCAACAUGCAGUAAUGAAGAUUGUUCACAUCGGGACGUAAUCGCUUUGAACUCCUAUCUGAUCAAAGCCACCUUAUUUUGAUUCCCAAAUGACCUGUUCUUGGGAGGUUCGGUAGCAGCCUUCCCCCCUCCUCUGCCCAUAAAUUUCUUUCCCGUUGUUGACGAAGCGAGCGGCGUCGGAGAUGAAGCGGAUCUGAAGGAAGCGGCAAAGCAGCAGCUGCAGGGUAGCGCCGAGCCACCGGAGGAGGAGUGCUGAGCUAUGAGGGAUAAACUCCUCGGCGCUGCGGCGGGACGGCCACUUCUGGUGGUGGCUGCCCUAACGAUCGUCCUGCUGCUCAUCUUCCUCUCUGGAGCUACUCGGAAUCUGCCGCUUGAUCUACUCACUCGUAGUUACUCCGCCCCAGAAGAAGGUCCCCAGAACUGCUCAUUGGCAUCUCCGAUUGAGCCAGCCAAGGACAAGCUCCUUGGAGGUCUACUGAGCCCUGCAUUCGAUGAACCCUCUUGCCUGAGCCGCUACCAGUCCGCACAGUUCUGGAAGUCAUCGAACCACACGCCAUCGCCGUUCCUCUUGCAGAAGCUGCGAAGCUACGAAGCCCUCCACAAAAGAUGUGGCCCGCACACCGAUCUCUAUAACAAGAGCAUCGAGCAGCUCAGAUCCAAUCGCAGCACAGGGCCUUUGGAGUGCAACUACGUGGUGUGGCUGCAAUCCGGUGGAUUAGGCAACAGAUUGAUGAGCCUGAUCUCCACAUUCCUCUACGCGAUCCUCAACAACAGGGUGUUGUUGCUCAGUGUUCCUGAUGACCUCCAUGAUAUGUUCUGCGAGCCAUUUCCUGGGACUUCGUGGGCUUUACCUUCGGAUUUCCCCAUCAAGAAGUUGGAGACCCACGACUUCUAUCGCGGAUCUCCUCAGAGUUACGGAAACCUGCUCAAGAACAAGGUGCUUAGCAAUGGCAUGAACACCACGCUUGCUUCGCUGCCGGCUUAUCUCUAUCUCCACCUGAUGCACGAUGCCGAUGACUCCGAUAAGAUGUUCUACUGUGAAGAUGCUCAGCCGCUGUUUCAAAGCUUCCCAUGGCUGUUCCUGCGAUCAAACCAGUACUUCGCGCCCUCUUUGUUCCUCAUGUCGCAGUACAACGACGAACUACAGAAGCUCUUCCCGGAGAAAGAGACCGUCUUCCACUAUUUGGGCAGAUACCUUCUCCAUCCUACUAACUCGGUCUGGGGCUACGUCACAAGGUACUACGAAGCUUAUCUAGCCAAUGCGAAGGAAAGGGUGGGCAUCCAGGUCAGGAACUUCCCGAACGCGCCGGUUAAGUUGGAGCUCAUGCUGGAUCAAGUCGUCAAUUGCACGCUGAAAGAGAAGAUACUGCCGGACAUCAAGGUGGAAGUUCCUGCGAACCUGACGACAAGCGGAGUGAAGCCGAAAGCUGUGCUCGUGACCAGUCUGCAGACGGGGUACUUCGAGAAGCUCAGGAACAUGUACUACGAGCAUUCGUCGACCACCGGAGAUGCGAUCGGCGUGUACCAGCCAAGCCACGAGGAGCUGCAGCGCACGGAGAACCAGAAUCACAACACGAAGGCUCUCGCGGAGAUGUAUCUGCUGAGCUUCAGCGACGUGCUGGUGACCACUGCGUUCUCCACGUUCGGCUACGUGGCGCAAGGUCUAGGCGGACUGAGGCCGUGGAUGGUGCUGAGGCCGGACAACCAGAACCCACCCUGCCGCCGGGCGCUGUCGAUGGAGCCCUGCUUCCAUUUCGCGUCGGGGUACGACUGCAAGGCAGGGAGGAACAUCGACAAAGGGACGGUGGUGCCGCACGUGAAGCACUGCGAAGAUUUAGAUUUCCGCUGGGGUCUUAAGCUGUUCGAUUGAAGGACGGGGGUGGCAGCGAGAGGGCAAGUAAUUGAUACUGUAGAUUAUAUUUGUUACGUAUUUUUGUUCAUUGCUGAAAACGCAAGGAAAAUAAGAAAUGUUAGCCGAAGUACUGUUUCCGUGAGGUUUGGUACAAAUUACUAUUUCUUGGGGCUGCCCUUUCGCUUA